AUCAGUUUGACCAUAAGCAGGAAAUGAAGAAGAAGAGGAGGAAGAAGCAGAGUAAUGAAGGAAUUGGAAGGCGCACAUGAACAGAAUGGGGGGUCUUUAAAUAUGUGGGAGUAUUCCAAUGACAUCGACAGAUCGAGAUGACGAACCAGGAAGCUUCUCUCGAGGCCACACCUACCUGGGCUGUCGCUGGCGUUUGCUCCAUUUUGAUCUUUCUGGCUCUCAUCAUCGAACGCGCUCUUCACCGGUUAACUCUGUUACUUGAGAGAAGAAAGAGGAAGACGCUUAACCAGGCUCUCAACCAUGUCAAAGCAGAACUGAGGAAUCUGGGGUUCAUGUCCUUGCUGUUGACUGUUGCUAAACAACCCAUCUCAAAGAUCUGCAUACCAGCGAGCCUGGGAGACUCCUUUCUUCCAUGCAAGGAUGCUGCACCGCCAGGCAGAUUCGUUGAGGAGCAAUCUUGCCAAGAGAAGGGAAAAGUAUCUCUGGUUUCAUCAGUAGGGACUCAGCAACUGCAGAUAUUGAUCAUUGUGCUGGCCGUGUUUCAUAUCCUCUCUUGCCUUGUAACCUUGGUUCUUGGGGAGGUUAAGAUGAAGAGGUGGAAGGCAUGGGAAGAAGAAACCAGCACUCUGGAGUAUCAGUUAUCAAAUGAUCCUCGAAGGUUUAAGCUGACACGGCAAACAUCAUUUGGAGAACGGCAUUUGAAGAUCUGGAGUAAUCACCAUUUAUUUGUUUGGAUUGUCUGCUUUUUCCGACAAUUCACUGAUUCGGUCUCGAAAGCUGAUUAUUUUUCUCUUCGGCGUGGAUUUGUUGCGGUUCAUUUAUCUCAAGACUGCAAGUUCGACUUCCGAAAGUUUCUGCAGAGAUCACUGGAUAAAGACUUUGCGGUGGUUGUUAGCAUCAGCUUCUGGAUAUGGAUUUGUGCUGUGUUCUUCAUUUUCUUCAAUGCCUACGGAUUUUAUAGCCACUACUGGCUUCCCUUCGUUCCUCUAGUGAUUCUUUUGGUUAUAGGAACAAAGCUAGAGGUCAUCAUAACAACAAUGUGCUUAAAGAGCAGUAAUCAGGCAAUUGUUGUUCCAGGGACAAUAAGUGUGGAACUCGAAAACAGCAACUUCUGGUUUGCUCAACCUCGAUUGCUGCUGCACCUGGUGCAGUUCAUCUUAUUCCAGCUACCUUUGUGCAUUGCAGAACUCCUUUCAGCUUGCUUUCUUCACAUGGGCAUGGGUGGGUAUAUCAUGAUCAAUCCUGACAACUUCCAUCACUCGAGAUCUCAAGCUGACAUGCUCAUGCUGCAGUACAACUUUGGGGUCCGGUCAUGCUUCGACAGAGAGGUGGCGGACAUCAUCUUAAGCUUCGGGACAGGCGUUCUGGUGCAGUUCUUAUGCGCUUACGUUACGCUUCCACUCUAUGCCUUGGUCACUCAGAUGGGUUCUUCAAUGAAGGAAACCAUCUUCGCCGACGAGGUUAUGGAGGGCCUGAAGAGCUGGAAGAAGAGAGCAAGGAAGAACCUGGCAAACCAGAGAUCGGUGCCUUCCGGUACCUUUCUCCCGCGGCCGUAUACUUGGCUAACGGAUGAAGCUUCUUCUUCCAGCGGUCGCACACCGAGAAAGCGAGAGUUCAGGUACCCUUCACGGAGGCUGGAACUACUGGAAGUCCAGAGAGUGGUGGAGGAGGUCAUUCAGCACGGUGCCAACAACAUGCCCAGUGACGGCGAGGUCUCUUUUGGGCUGUGGAGAAGACCAAUGAAUUAAAUGGUCAACAUCCAAAUCUUCCCAUGAAGGGAGCAACAUCUCCCAGAGGAAGUUGUAUUUGUGGUCGCUGCCUUGGAUUAACAUACCGAUACGAACCGGUGAAAUAGGACAAUUCAACAGUAAUAACAUAUAACAGAGUCCACAUGAGUCUCCAUCUUCCUCCUGCCAUGAAGAGGACUGAUGACCAAAGCCAGACUGUCUCAAGACCCCAAUAAUGCUCCAAGUCCAUAGUGAUAGAAAUUAAGCGAAAAGAUAGAUAGAUAGAAAUUUAGAAGAAACUAUAAAAUGUAUAAGAUAUAAUUGCCUAAUACAUUUUGAUAGUGAAUUCUUGACAGCCAUUUAUACACAUUCAGUAGGGAGAUUAUACACAUUCAGCAUAGAGGAUUUUUCUCAACUGCUGAGAGAUUUCCUCAACUGCCUUGAGGAAAUCUUAUCUGCUUCUCAACUGCUGAGAGAUUUCCUCAACUGCUUUGAGGAAAUCUUAUCUGCUUAUCAUGCCCCCGCAAGAUUGAGCUUCCAUCAAGGAUGCCGAUCUUGGACCCGAUGAGAUGAAAAUAGUUUACGGGCGAGAGGCUUUGUGAGUGAGUCGGCUAGUUGAUCUGCUGUAUGUACAUGAGAAACUCGGAGUUGAUGUCUGGCAACUUGAUCUCGCACAAAAUGGAAGUCGAUGGCUAUGUGUUUCAUGCGGGAAUGGAACACUGGAUUGGCACAUAAAUAAGUAGCUCCAAUAUUAUCACAAUAUAUUGUAGGAAUAACCGUGGAGUUGACGUUAAGUUCCUUGAGCAAAUUUGUGACCCAAUUGAGUUCAGCAGCGGCGGUGGCGACGGCACGGUAUUCAGCUUUAGUUGUAGAUCGUGCAACCGUCUUUUGUUUUUUAGAACUCCAACUGAUUGGAGUAGCUCCAAGGAAGAUAAUGUAUCCGGACGUAGAUGUUCUAUCAUCAAAGUUCCCUGCCCAAUCAGCAUCAGCAAAGGCAUGGAGAUGGAGUGAAGUAUUUUUGCGAAGAAAAAUGCCAUGAUUAAGAGUCCCUUUAAGAUACCGCAAAAUUCGUUUGACCGCAGACCAAUGCGUAGUAGAUGGUCGAUGCAUGAAUUGCGAUAACUUAUUGACGGCAAAUGAAAUAUCUGGACGGGUGAGAGCCAAGUACUGUAAGGAGCCAAGGACUUGUCGAUACUGAGUCGAAUCUGUAGUAGGACUUCCAUCACAUAAUUUAAGUGAUUCACUGGUAGAGAGAGGAGUUGUAACCUCUUUCGCAUCCUGCAUGUUUGCCUUUGAUAAUAAAUCUUGAAUAUACUUUCUUUGUGAUAGGAAGAGACCUGAAGAUGUAAAUGUUGCUUCCACUCCCAGAAAGUAGCUUAAAGUUCCUAGAUCUUUGAGGGAGAAUCGAUCGGCCAAGUGCUUUAGAAAUGCCUGAGUCUUCAAAGGAUCAUUUCCUGUGACAAUAAUAUCAUCCACAUAUACUAAAAGAUAUAUUAUGCUUCCAUUAUGCUGACAAAUGAAUAACGAGGUAUCAGACUUUGAAUUGAUGAAGCCAAUUGAGGUCAAAAACGAGCCAAGCUCGUUAUACCAAGCCCUUGGAGCUUGACGAAGUCCAUAAAUAGCUUUUUGAAGUUUGCAGACAUACCUCGGAUAUUGAGGAUGAACGAAACCAGGAGGUUGUUGCAUAAAGACAUCUUCAGUAAGUGACCCCUGUAAAAAGGCAUUGUUAACAUCCAAUUGUCGUAUGUGCCAGCCCUUUGAGAUAGCCAAACUCAGGAUAAGACGGAUUGUUGUGGGUUUAACAACGGGACUAAAUGUCUCUGUGAAGUCGACACCAGGUCGUUGAUGAAACCCUUUGGCGACUAGACGUGCUUUGUAUCUGGCAAUGGAUCCGUUUGGGUUCCGCUUAAUUCGAAAGACCCAUUUACACCCGAUGAUAUUUUGUGUGUGAUGAAAGGGUACUAAGGUCCAUGUAGAGUUAUGGAGGAGAGCAUCAUAUUCGUCACACAUGGCUUUACGCCAGUGAGAAGAUUUUUGAGCUUGAGUGAUUGUAGUGGGUUUGAAAAUACCACUUUUGGAGCGUGUUGUCAUUGGAUGUCUAGGGGGGGUGGAAGUGGUAGAUUGUGUUGGUGGUAUAGCCGAGGGCGAGUCACUGUCAUGGACCGGGUUAACCGUCGGCACAACAAUGUCACUAGAUCUAGGAGAAGGUAAAGCCAGUGGCAAUGUUGCCGAGGGUAUGACUUCAUUAAUAGGGGAAACUUGUGAGGAAGGGAGUGGAGGAAUAGAGGGAGUGAGAAGCUGUUGAACUGGAGUAAUAGUAGUAUGUGAAUCUUGAGAGUAAGGACUGGACGGUGUCAUUGGAGGUUCGUGUGAUGAGAUCGGAGGGAUAUUCCAGUGAUGUAUGUUUAUCGGAGUAGUUUGCAUGGUAGGAUUAUUUUGAAAAGGAAAGAUAGACUCCUCAAAGAUAACAUGACGUGAUAUAAAGACCUUUUUAGUUUGGGGUUCAUAGCAUCGAAAAGCAUUAUGUUCAAGAGAGUAGCCUAUAAAAGUGCAAGGCUUAGAUCGUGGUGUUAGCUUAUGUGACGCAUAGGGACGGAGCCAUGGAUAACAUAAACAGCCAAAAACUCUGAGUUUAUGAAGGUUUGGAAGUUUGUGGAAUAAUUUUUCAAAUGGUGACUGGUAUUGUAAGACUGGAGUGAGCAUACGAUUAAUGAGAUAAACUGCAGUUUGAAAAGCUACUGACCAAAAAGAUGGUGGCAUGGAUGCUUGAUGUAGAAGGGAGAGACCAGUUUCAACGAUAUGCCGAUGUUUGCGUUCGGCAGAACCAACCAAUUGGGGAGUAUGUGGGGGUGACUUGAGGUGUUGUAUACCACAAGCAGAGAGACAGGAUGUGAGGGCUUGAUAUUCGCCUCCACCAUCAGAGUAAACUGUUUUAAUGGAAGAUUGAAAAAAAUUCUCGACCAACUUUCGAAAGUUAGUAAAUACAGUAGAAACAUCAGACUUAUGAUGGAGAGGAUAUAACCAUGUGUACUUAGUAAAAUAAUCUACAAAAAUGACAUAAAAACGAAACUUGUCAAAAGAAGGAAUUGGGGCAGGGCCCCACACGUCGGUAUAAAUGAUUUCAAAUGGUUUAGAGCAAGAAAUGGAGGUUGUCCCAAAAGGCAGUUUAUGACUUUUAUUGCAAAGACAAGCAUCACAAUGAGUAAUAGUGCUAUUGAUUUUCAAGGUAGGAAGAGAAUAACGAGAAAGUAAUUUUUGCUGAAUAAAAGGGGAGGGAUGACCAAGACGACGAUGCCAUACAUCAACCGGAGCUACGAUUGAGGAGUGAGCGGUAGGAAGGGUAAUUUGUGAAGUGGAUGGCCACUCAUAAAUGUUGUCUUUGUUUUGGCCCUGGACCAAGGAUGCCCCCGUGCUCAAAUCCUUGACAAGAAAAAAGUUAGGAAAGAAUUCAAUUGAUGUAUUAUUUUGUUUACAGAAUUGAGAAACGGAAAUGAGGUUUCUUUUAAUGUUAGGUGCACACAAAACAUCAUCGAGUGUAAAGGUUGUGGUAAGUGAACUAAGCGUUGAGGAACCAGAAUAAGUAAUAGGAAUUCUUGUACCGUCACCGAUGAUGAUAUCUUCAUUUCCGUCAUAGUUAUUGUGGAUGGACAAGUUUUGAAGAUCAGAGGUGAUGUGAUGAGAGGCGCCCGAAUCCACAAUCCAAUUAGGUUGAGUAGGAGUUGGAGUAGCCAUGAAAUUCGCCUGAGGCCACUGUGAUGGAGUAGGGAGUCUGGGACGAGACCGACAGACUUUCGCGGAGUGUCCAACUUUAUCACAUAGUUGGCAAACAACUCGUUGGCGGCCUGUGAAGUCAGGACGCGACGACUGAGUAUUAUGAAAGUUACCACCUUGAUAUGGGUAAGGAGGGUUUGGUCUGGGCCCCAUAAGGCUAGGAGGUAGCUUAGCCAAAUCGUUGUUGACGUGCUUAUUGUACUGGUUGCUCUUCCUCUUGGAUUUUUGAUUGACCUGAGCUGUAAUAGGUGAUCCGGGCAACUUAUCAUCACGCUUCAAGUACGUCUCAUAGUCGAUCAACUUAUCAUAAAGUUCUUCGAAUGAUAUUGGUGAGUCACGUGCUCGAAGUGCUGCUGUCAGUUCUUCGUACUCGCCUCCUAAGCCAUUGAGGGUAUGGAUUAGGACUUCUUCAUCGCUGAGAGAAUGACCUAUCAAAGCUAAAUCAUCGAUGAUAACUUUGAUAUUUUGUAGAUAAUCAGCAAUAGUACUUCCCUCUUGUUUCAUUUUCAUCAGAUUGGAGAGAAGUCCGAGCAUGCGAGUACGCGAGCGAUUUGCCAAAGUUGUUCGUAAUUUGCACCAUGCUUCUGCAGCAGUCGUACAUGAGGAUAUCAGCGGGGCAAUGGAUCCAGCAACGGAAGCUUGAAUAGCUUGGAGGAUGAGGCGAUCUUGACGUAACCAUAGUUGGUGGGCUGGAUUUGGCACUGGAUUGGGUUCGCCUGGGAUGUUGAUCAUUUCAGGUGGACACUGGAGAGAGCCAUCAACGUAACCUAAGAGAUCAUAGCCAAAUAAAAGAUUAGAAAGUUGUGCCCGCCAAGAUGCGUAGUUGCCGCCUUUGGAUAAUUUGAAGGGAAUAAGUGCUGCAGCAUUGAUGGUGAUAAGACUUUGAGAAGUGCUCAGAGUCCUUGCAGAAAUAGGGACAGGAAUAUCGGAAGAGAAAAAUGAAGACAUCCCAGAUAUUUUGUGGCGAGUCAAGUGAUCUUUAUAGAAGAUGUAAAGAUAUAGGAGGAAGGGAGGAAGAGAAAAGCAGAUCGAUGCGCUGCAGAGUAGGCUGCAGCGCGAUGAACUGCAGUGAUGGGCGAGCAAUCUGUAGCAAGAAAGGCAGCGAUGGCUGUGGCGGGAGGUAGAUGAUGAAGACGUCAGAUGUAGAAGAGUAGCUGUAUGCAACGCCGAAGAGAGCUGCUGCUUCUUCCAGAGGCACUGGUAGGCUGCAGCGAUUCAGAGUGCAGGAGAGAUUGUUGCAGCGAGGUGGAAGAAAUCUCUACAGCUUGCAGUAUUGGAGUUUGGUGGCCGGAAGAGCAACGGAGUUUUCAGCGGAAGACUUCGGUUGGCAAGGGAGUAGCAGCCGGCGGUAGAAACAAAGGCCGUGACUGUGCUUCCUUUAGGAUCUGAUAUUAGCAGCCACAAGUGCUGCAGUAGGCUGCAGCGAAUGGCUACGGCUGAGGGGCGAAGGCGUCGCCACGAGAGGGAUGGUUGGACUCCGGAGAAGAGGGCUUGCUCUAGGCAAACUGCUCUGAUACCAUGAUAGAAAUUAAGCGAAGAAGAUAGAAAGAUAGAAAUUGUAGAAGAAACUAUGAAAUGUAUAAGAUAUAAUUGCCUAAUACAUUUUGAUAGUGAGUUCUUGACAGCCAUUUAUACACACUCAGUAGGGAGGUUAUACACAUUCAGCAUGGAGGAUUUUUCUCAACUACUGAGAGAUUUCCUCAACUGCCUUGAGGAAAUCUUAUCUGCUUUUCAACUGCUGAGAGAUUUCCUCAACUGCUUUGAGGAAAUCUUAUCUGCUUAUCACAUAGUACUCAUCGGGAGCUCAGAUGGAAAGAACGGCGUCUCUACAACGAGAAAGAAGCUCAU